GUCCGUCGUCACGAUGGCGGGAAAAGGUUUCCUCGUAAGGGUGCGACUGGACCUGCACGCCAUUACGUGUCCCGGGGUAUGGCUGUGCCCUAGCGGUAAAGUGGCGCUGCGGAUAACCAGCCUCGGCUCCACCCUAGAAUCCCACAGAGUAUCUCCGAUUUUUCCACUAUUAUUUCACAACGAGUUUCACUUUGAGAAAACUUUCACACGGCUGGCUGCUUUGACAGAGCUGCAGCAGCAUUUCGAGCGAGAAAUCGUUCGCGCGGAAUUGAUCCAAUGGCUUGGUCCGUGCAACCGAGUCGUCGUGUUAGCCACCUUCGAAACCGAUCUGGCGGAUCUGCUGUACCCGGUGUCCCGCUGUAAACGUUUACCACCCGGUGUAGACGUGGACCUGCUCAUGGAUCCGAUGAAACCGUUUCCCGUUAGUACGAACGAACGAGUCUCGACGAUCUCUCUCUGGUCCCUCCUUUUCUUUCUCUUUGCUCUUUCUUCGCUUCUCUCCCUGUUGCCCCUCGGAUUAUCGAGACUCGUUCCGUUUUUCUCCGUUUUUCUCCGUUUUUCUCCGUUUUUCUCCGUUUUUCUCCGUUUCGUAAGUUCCGCGUGUUUCUCGCCUCUUUCAAUUCGAUUUCCACCGCUAAUCGAUCGCACCGUAUACCGAUACGGUGGGGAUGACACUUUAGGGUAUUAUAGCGCCCAAGAUCGAAAUCUCGACGAGAACCGUGAUAGAGGAAGUUCUCGGCUGCUGGUCGGACGAGACUCGCAACGCCGAUUCGAAAACGAUCGACCACGAGGUAACGCAUUCGCGACGAUUCGCAUAUCGGUAGAAUAUUCCUGGAAUUGGUCGAGCGAACUGUUUCGCGAUCGUUUCAGCGUAUGCCGCCCGCUCAGAGAAGAGGACCCGCGAGAACCGUCAUCAGACAAAGAAGAGUCUGCCAUAAUCGGAAGCAGCCGCGAACCGAGAUCUCCGAGGCGUGAGUAUAGAUCGGUCUCGCGUCCCCGUAUCGCGCGAAUCUCUGAUCCUCGAAAACCUUUUCAGUCCGAGAUGCCGGUGCACGCGAUCGGACCUCCUGCCAGUCCGCGGCCCGAACCAACAGCCACGAGUAGUCGGUCACUGUUGCCGAGCAACGCGAGAACGUUACGCAUCGUUGCGCGACGUUCACGAUGCUCCACCGUCGAGAGGCCACCGAGCAAUCUCCGCUGUUACUCGCGACAACGAUCGCGUCAAAGACGACUGCCCAAUUUGUUCGACGUACCAGUGUUACUUCGCCUGUAAACACCAUCGCGAUCACGACUACAAUUGCGAGCGGUAAAGCGGCGCCGAACAAUCGGAAACCUAAGGUUAAGGCUUCUUCUCGUAGAGUAUCCUCGAGAGAUCGAUGCGCACGCGAAACAGACCGAUUUCACAGUCGGGAAUAACAACCUCUGUAAAAUCGUCUCGUUCGUUGGUAACGUUUGUUCGAUCGGGUUCGUCAAAGGGGUGAUAUCGACGUGUGAAACUUUACUCCAAAAGAGAAUUUUAAUAAAUCGGUCAAAUUGAAAAUACUCGAGUAUCGAUUAGAUUUUCCCUUUGAAAGGCUGCGAACAACUUCCGAAAUAGACGGUUU